AUGUUCGGCAUUCCCACCAAGGACAACAGCUUCCCUCAUCAUCCCAAUUUUGCAGCCGCGGCGGGUACUGAUGAAGCCCACGCUGAGGCAAUCAUUGUUGGGAAAUCAUUAGCCUUGAUCGGAUAUGAUAUGGUCAGCAAUGAUGAGCUAUACGAGACGGCACGUCGACAAUGGCAGGAGGAGAUUGCGCGUGAUGAUUAA